UUCACUCUCUGCUCUUCUCUUGCACCUGACUGCUUUGCUGAUACUGCUCCAUUCUCACUCCAAGCAAGCCACCAUGAAUCGAAUGUGUUUCUCGUCCAGUUCUCUUGGUGGAAGAAGGUGCUUCUCUUCGGCUUCUGCCGUUUAUGGCCUCAGCGGAGGUAGAACCAGCUCAGGCUCCAUGUCCUGGCCUGCCGGAAGAAGUGAAAGCGGGGGCUUUGGCAGCACAAGUCUCUUUGAGCUGGGUAGAAGUCAAAGAAUUUCCUAUGGUGGAGGCUAUGGUCUUGGACACUGUGGUGCAUAUGGUGGUGGAGGGUAUGGCAGCAGUGCGGGCUUUGGCAGCCAUUUCGGUGUUGGCAGUGGUGCAGGUUAUGGUAGCUAUGUAGGCUAUGGCAGCGGAGGCUACAGCAGCGGAGGCUACAGCAGCGGAGGCUACGGCAGCGGAGGCUACAGCAGCGGAGGCUAUGGCAGCGGAGGCUACAGCAGCGGAGGCUACAGAGGUUCCUCUGGCUUCGGAGGUUACUCCCCCUACCAAUUAGGGAGUGGCAUACGUUAUGGCGUCGGACAUGCAGGUAGAAGCGACAGUAUCCAUGGGGUGUGCAUCCAUCCGGAACUGUUGAAGCCUCUCUCUGUGGGAGUUGACCCAGAAGAACAUAAAAUACGAGCACAUGAGAAGGAGCAGAUAAAAUGUCUCAAUGACCAGUUCGCCUGCUUCAUUGACAAGGUCCGCUUCCUUGAGCAGCAGAACAAGAUGCUGGCAACCAAAUGGGAUCUCUUGCAGCAGCAUGCUGUACCAGCAAGGAGAGACCUUGCACCUAUUUUCGAGAAUUACAUCUGCCAACUGAAGAAACAGCUGGAAUGUUUGUUACAUGACAGGGCGAGACUAGAAGAUGAAGAAAAGGCCGUCCAGGACUUGGUCCAUGAGUACAAAAGCAAAUAUGAAGAGGAAAUCAACAAACGCACGCAUGCAGAGAAUGAGUUUGUGGUGCUCAAGAAGGAUGUGGACUCUGUCUUCAUGACCAAGGAGGAGCUGGAGUCCAAGUUGCUGCAGCUGAGGCAACACUUUGAGUUCCUGAAAUGCGUCUUCGUUGAGGAGCGAGCUCAGCUAGAUGGCCAACUCUGCGAUACCGCUGUUGUUUUGGAAAUGGACAACAACCGAGAUCUGGACCUCAGUGGCAUUAUCCAGAGUGUUAAAUGCUGUUAUGAGGAGAUUGCUCAAAAGAGCAAAGGAGAAGCUGAGACAUUCUACCAAACUAGACUUGAGGAGCUGAGCACCAACAGAGGCAGAUUCUCCGAUGACCUGAAAAAUAUCCAGGGUGAAAUAGCAGAGCUGAAACGGCUGGUCCACACACUGCAGGGCGAGACUGAUAAAGUGAAGAAAGAGAUUGCCUGUCUGCAGACGGCCAUUGCUGACUCUGAGCAGCGAGGCGACUGUGCCCUCAAAGACGCCAGGGAGAAGCACAUUGAUAUGCAGAACGCCUUGCAGCAGGCCAAGGACAAACUGGCAUGCAUGCUGCGGGACUACCACGAGCUGCUCAAUGUCAAGCUGGCCUUGGAUAUUGAGAUAGCUACCUACAGAACAUUGCUGGAAGGAGAAGAAACCAGGUAA